AUGCAUAUAACGGCGUCGGUGCUUAUAUUUUGGUUUGUCGCUCUCUGCAACCGCUGCGAGGUCGAUGGCGCGCGGUCGCUGGAGUCUUCCGCGGCAGUCAGCGGCGCAGCGUCUUCCGUGAAAGCGGCGCAGCGCGCUGCCAGCCGAGACGACGAUGAUAUAGACGAAGACGAUAUAGAUGACGACGAGGGUCGCGAGGAAGCCGAUGACGACGAUGUGGGCCAGGAGCUGGACGACGCCGAGGAUCGGUACAGGGCCACUUUGUGUGUUGCAUUUCUGCUCAGGUUCGAACGUAACGAGAAGACACUCGAAGACGCUGAAGACUCCGGCCUGAAGGAGGACCUCGAAGAGGAAGCGAGUGAAGAGGCCUACGCUCGUGCCAAGGCGGAGUCUGGCGAGGGAAACAAGGAACCAGAGGACGCAGCCAAGGCACGCAUACGCCGGCUCAUGGACGAUCUGGUGGCCGCGUCACUGGAAUUACGCGAGAUAAACCGUGAACUAGACGAACUGUAA